CCCGCACAAAACCAGCACUCCCAGCAGUGGGGUGGAGCUGCAACGCGGCGAGCGGAGCCACCAGCAGGGCCAUGGGAAAGGUAAGCACGGGAGUGAGCUGCUGGUGAGCUGGGUGAGAAGCCGUGAGCCCUGGGGAGGUGACAGCCAGCUCCCACCAUGGUCUCCAUGGGGCUCCAACUGCUGGGCUAUGCCAUGGCCUUCCUGGGCUACAUUGGCACACUGACAACCACACUGCUGCCCACCUGGAAGACCAGUUCCUACAUUGGCUCCAGCAUCGUGACAGCUGUGAGCUUCACCAAGGGGCUGUGGAUGGAGUGCGCCACAUACAGCACAGGCAUCACCCAGUGUGACAUCUACAGUUCCCUGCUCAACCUGCCCACCGACAUCCAGGCGGCCCAAGCUCUGAUGGUGAGCUCCUGUGUCAUUUCCUCCCUUGCCUGUCUCCUCACCGUCGUGGGCAUGAGGUGCACUGUCUUCAGCCAAGGCUCACCAGGCAAGGACCGGGUGGCAGUGGCGGGCGGCGUGGUCUUCAUCCUUGGGGGGCUGCUCUGCUUCAUCCCGAUGGUGUGGAACAUCCAUGUGGUGCUGCGGGAUUUCCACAACCCCAUCCUCCCCGACAGCAUGAAGUUUGAACUUGGGGAGGCACUUUACCUGGGCAUCAUCUCCUCCCUCCUCUCCCUCGUUGGCGGCUUCGUCCUCAGCACCUCCUGCCCUGCCCGGGACCCAACAGCCACCUACACAAGCAGCCACCAGCCCCGGCUGCUGGCAGGCAAGAGCCUCCAGCCCUCCAUCAGCCAGACACAGAAGACCAAGAGCGAGCUCAACUCCUACAACCUGACAGGAUACGUGUAGCAGCUGCGAGUGGGAACCAGGCCAGCACCUCUACUGGCUCCCCAAAGCAUCCAGGCUGGCACCAAGGGAGCGUAAGAGGAGGAUGCGGUGGCAUCUCCCAUGCUCAGCCCUCUCGCUCACAUGCUUGGGGGGGUUUGACGCCACUCUCUCCCCAGGGAUCCUGAGAGCCUUGUGACUGCUCAGAGAUCCCAGCUGGUGGCUUACAUCAGUGAAGGACCCCGAAUCCGGCUUCUGUUCUCUCCUUCGUGCUGCCAGCCUGCAGGCAGCCCCUGGCACAGUGGGAUCCCAGCCCACAUCCCCAGUGAGCCUGCCUGGAUUGGGAUGGGUGGGCUUGUGUCCCCAGGGACCAGCCCACUGGCCACAGAGGCAUCACAGGGGGGGUCAGGGCAUCCAUGCGGAUCUGGAGUCACUGCUGGGGGGGUUGAGUGCUGGUUGCAAACCGAUGUCACAAUAAACCUGUGUUUC